AUGCGGGUGCGCGUGGUGCAGCUAAGGGGUAUUGCGCGGGGCAGGGGCGCGAGUUGCUCUGCUGAUGGCACGCGCUGCUGGGCUGGGUGGCGCGCGCUGUUCUGCUGGGUAGCACGCGAUGCUCUGCUGGGGCACGCGCUGCUCUGCUGGGUGGCGCGGGCUGCUCUGCUGGGUGGUGCGCGCUGCUGUGCUGGUGGCGAGCGCUGCUCUGCUGUGGCGCGCGCUGCUCUGCAGGGUGGCGCGCGCUGCUCUGCUGGGGCACGCGCUGCUCUGCUGGGUGGCGCGCGCUGCUCUGCUGGGGCCCGCGCUGCUCUUCUGGGUAGUAGCGCGAACAGUCUCGCGACUGUUCGCGUGACACCGGAUUAUACCGCUUCAUAG